AGAGCUGGUCACUCUAUAGGUUGUUAAAAAAAACUUUUUGUUAUUAUUUACCUUUUUAAGGAAAGUUAAACUGCAAUUGCACAGGAUCUGAGUUCUUUUAACAAAAAAGACGAAGGGAAACACUCCAGCACCAAAAAAUCUCAACAGCAGGUGGGGAAAUAGAGUUAACUGGACAGAAGCCCAUGCGACCAUUUGUUUACGUUUUUAAACAUGUCGGAUUCUAAGAAAGUUGUGCCCGAUGAACCCUUUGAAGCCGAAACCUUCGCCGUGGAGCUCAAGGAAGCCAUUUGGUACACCAUCGGCGAGCUGGUGGAGAUGUUGGAGUGUCCAGGAUGUGGAAUAUCCAUGGUGUCGUUCAAAAACCGCUUUGCCCACGUCAAGAAGUGCUUCAGCAUUAAGCGAAGAGGUCCUUUGUACAGGAUUUACGGGUAUGCCGAGUGCAAGUGUGGCCUACUCAUUGCAGACACGGUUAAGGCUCAGAAACUGCAUUGUUGUUCGGGUAAAGUUCGCCCCUGGAAGCCACCCAAACAUACGGAACAUAUCCUACCAGAUAGUACUGCGUAUGAUUCACCUGCACCUCCUGGACAACUAAUAAUAAAAAGCGAACCUUGCCAGCCCACUGGAAAAACCUGGAUUCGCAACUUUAUCAGCCCCAUUAAGCAGAUGAAUGUUUCAUCCCUAGACGUUUCUUAUUCCAAUAAGCCAACGUCAAGACCACGCGUCCGUAAUUUUGACAGAUCAUCCCGAAAACAGGCGCCAAAAGAAGUCUGUGUGUACUCUAUAAUUAAAAAGAAUGGUGUAAUCUCAGUUGCGGGAAGAUCCAUUUUGCAACAGCGAGGAAGUAACGAAAACCCUGUCAUAAUUAAAAAGCGAAGACUGCGACUACCCGUAGUCAGUCAAAAUGCCAAGGCGUGACCUUUUCUUCACACAAAAUAGAUCUUAAUUAUUAGUAAAGUUACCAGUAAGUCAUAUCCUCAUUGAAUCUGUAUUAGGUCGACUAUUUUGCUUAAGAACUUCUGCUUAGUUACAUAUCGAAUCGUUGUGAAUUUGUUAGAUUUAAGUUUAAAUGCAGUGCACUAUUCAUUUUGACAAGUUUUUUAUUUAAUCUUUAUUUAUUACAAUAAUAUAUGUGCUCAAUUUUCCUUUUAUUUUACUAAGUC